UCUAUCCCAGAAGCCACCGCAAACCUGCGCGGUCGGUCUCGACGUUUCCUUGUGUGUCUGCUCAGCCCGCCGUUCCCUGAGCAGGUCCGACGGGAGGCCGGAGCAGCUGCUCCGCUUGCAGUUGGGGCGGGAGCAGGAGCGGAGCGGGAGCAGAGCAGAGCAGAGCACGGAGGGCCGGACAGAGCGGAGGACCUGCUGAUUUUUGUCUUCUGAUCUGAGGGACCCCGGGCUGGGGCCCCAGAAAGCAAUCUAGGGGUAUGAUGGAUUUGGCUUAUGUCUGUGAGUGGGAGAAAAGGCCUAAGAGCAAUCACUGCCCUUCCAUUCCGUUGGUCUGUGCCUGGUCCUGCCGAAACCUCAUAGCCUUUACCACCGACCUGAAAAAUGAAGAGGAGAAAGAUUUGACCCACAUGAUUCAUAUUUUGGAUACCGAGCACCCGUGGGACGUGUACUCCAUUAACUCUGAACACAAUGAAAUGAUCACUUGCCUGGAGUGGGAUCAGUCUGGCUCCAGGCUCCUAUCAGCUGAUGCCGACGGGCACGUGAAGUGCUGGGGCAUGUCCGACCAUCUGGCCAACAGCUGGGAGAACACAGUGGGCAGCAUGGUGGAAGGCGACCCCAUCGUGUCUUUGUCCUGGUUACACAACGGCGUGAAGCUGGCCCUGCAUGUGGAGAAGGUGGGUGAGGGGCCUUUCGGCGACAAGUUUUCUCGAGUCAAGUUCUCGCCCUCGCUGACGCUUUUUGGUGGGAAGCCCAUGGAGGGUUGGAUCGCAGUGACCAUCAGUGGGCUGGUGACUGUGUCCCUGCUCAAGCCCAACGGGCAGGUGCUGACGUCCACGGAGAGCCUGUGCCGCCUGCGCUGCCGCGUGGCCCGCGACGUUGCCUUCACCGGUGGCGGCAACAUCGUGGUGGCCACGUCUGACGGCAGCAGCACCUCCCCAGUCCAGUUCUACAAGGUGUGUGUCAGUGUGGUGAAUGAGAAGUGCCGGAUCGACACGGAGAUCCUGCCAUCCCUCUUCAUGCGCUGCACGACAGACCCGGCACGGAAGGACAAGUACCCCGCCAUCACUCACCUGAAAUUCCUUGCCAGAGACAUGUCGGAGCAGGUGCUGCUGUGUGCGUCCAAUCAAAUGAACAGCAUCGUGGAGUGCUGGUCCUUGCGCAAGGAGGGCCUGCCUGUGAACAACAUCUUCCAGCAGAUCUCCCCUGUGGUCGGAGACAAACAGCCGAUGAUCCUCAAAUGGCGCAUUCUGUCAGCGACCAACGACCUGGACCGCGUGUCUGCUGUGGCCCUGCCCAAGUUGCCCAUCUCGCUCACCAACACCGACCUGAAAGUGGCGAGUGAUACCAAAUUCUGCCCUGGCUUAGGUCUGGCACUGGCCUUUCACGAUGGCAGCGUCCACAUCGUCCAUCGACUCUCUCUGCAGACGAUGGCCAUGUUCUAUGGCUCUUCCACCCAGCGCCCCGUGGACGAACAGGCCAUCAAAAGGCAGCGGACCGCCGGCCCCUCCAUCCACUUUAAAGCUAUGCAACUCUCCUGGACCUCACUGGCGCUUGUAGGCAUCGAUAACCAUGGAAAGCUGAGCAUGCUCCGCGUCUCGCCGUCCAUGGGCCACGCCCUGGACAUGAACAUGUCCUUGCGCCAUCUGCUCUUCCUGCUGGAGUACUGCAUGGUGACGGGUUACGACUGGUGGGACAUCCUGCUGCACGUGCAGCCCAGCAUGGUGCAGAACCUGGUGGAAAAGCUGCACGAGGAGUACACGCGUCAGAACGCCGCGCUGCAGCAGGUGCUCUCCACUCGGAUUGUGGCCAUGAAAGCUUCCCUCUGUAAGCUGUCCUCCUGCACCGUGGCCCGGGUCUGUGAUUACCACGCCAAGCUCUUCCUGAUCGCCAUCAGCUCCACUUUGAAGUCGCUGCUGCGGCCUCACUUCCUGAACACUCCAGACAAGAGCCCCGGAGACCGGCUGACUGAAAUCUGCACCAAGAUCACCGACGUAGAUAUUGACAAGGUGAUGAUCAAUCUGAAGACAGAAGAGUUUGUGCUGGAGAUGACGACCCUGCAGUCCCUGCAGCAGCUCAUCCAGUGGGUGGGAGACUUUGUGCUCUACCUCUUGGCCAGCCUGCCCAACCAGGGCUCUCCUGUGCGCCCAGGCCACAGCUUUUUGCGCGACGGGGCUUCCCUGGGGACACUUCGAGAAUUGAUGGUCGUUAUUCGGAUCUGGGGCCUGCUGAAGCCAAGCUGCCUGCCAAUUUACACGGCCACCUCUGACACCCAGGACAGCAUGUCUCUCCUCUUCCGGCUGCUGACAAAGCUCUGGCUCUGCUGUCGGGAUGAGAACCACCCCUCGGAGCCCGACGAGACCCUUAUCGAUGAGUGCUGCCUCCUCCCGAGCCAACUGCUCAUCCCCAGCCUGGACUGGCUGCCCGUCAGUGACGGCAUCAUCAGCAGACUCCAGAGCAAGCAGCUGGUACGGCUCCAGUUUGGGAAGGCUCCCGGGUUGCUCGGCUAUGCCGGCACGCCGCCCUUCGAGAUCUUCGCCAGAGCCCCUGGGCAGGCGAAGAUCGACCACCUCAGGAGGCUGCACUUAGGGGCGCACCCCACUGAGGAAUGCAAAUCCUGUACCCGGUGUGGCUGUGUCACUGUGCUCAGAUCCCCCCACAAAGCAACGGCAGUGAAGCAGUGGGAACAGCGCUGGACCAAGAACUGUUUGUGCGGGGGCCUGUGGCGUAGGAUGCCCACCAGCUACUCGUGAUCGGGUCCUGCCCUGGCCCGGUCCAGUUGCCCCCAAGGGGCCCUGCAGGAGAGGGCUUAUCUUCAUGGAGUCUGCAGACAGCAUCUUUCAGCCUGGCGUCUUGUAAAUAUGUUUGUAAUGUGCUCUGUAAAGAAAAAAAAUCCCUUUGUGAUUUCUAAUCUUCCUCCCUGAUGUCGUAGGCCAGUGUUUGUCAUGGUUCGGUCAAGAAUACCUCCCUUCCCCCAACAGAAAAGAAAAAUUCUGCUUUGGGGAAACCGAAGUGAGGGGAAGGAGGGAGCCCAUCCAUGACCCAGAUGCUGCCCUCAGUGUAGAGGGGCUUGGAGCAUCCUGGAGCCCAGGCUGGCUCUGCCACACCAUGCUGGGUGACUUUGGGGGAGUGACUCCCCCUUUCUGGGCCUGAGUUUUCUCAUCCUUAAAGUGAGGACUUGGACUGGAUGGUCUAUGAAGGCCUCGGUUAGUAGGCUGAGGUCAUAGGAUCAUGGGAAGGUACAGGCCCAGUGUUCUCUAUGCUUAAGUUCCUUCCCAGCUCUGAGCACCCUCCCCACUCUGGUCGCCUCCUCAAGGACCAAACGUUCCCUGUCCAUGUGGAGGGAUGGUCUGUGAGAGCAGACUCCUCUCGGAUCCGGAGCUGGAAGGGGCCUCGGAAGCCGUCUCUCCUGCCUGUCUCAUUUUACAAAUAAGGACUUGGAGACGCAGGGAGGAAUACAUGUCAGAGGUGGGGUUAGAGCGCGGGGCCAGCCCCACGCAUGGCCUUCCACAUCAUGCUGCCGUGACUCUGGGCUGCUCUGCCAGCAGGGCCAUCAGCAGCCUGGCGUUGGUCAGAGGCAGGCCAGAUGUGCUUUGUUUUGGAAGAGCUCUUUUCACUGGGGUUCUGAGUCUAAAUCUACUUUAACUACAGGGCCCUCUCCCUGAAAGAAUUUCAUUCCAAAAUUUUUUAUCCCUGAUAAAGGAUAAAACGAUAAUAGUGCUUGCUUAAGGUUUAGGACAGCUGGUAGAAUCCCAUACACUGGCCAAUUGCUUCUGCAGCCUUUCCUGCAUUUAAGAUGUCCUGAGAGGCAGCACAGCAUCGUGGAGAGUGAGCUAGCCUCAGCCAGGAAGGCCUGGGUUCGGAUCCUGACUGGCACGUGCUGGCCACAUGACUCUGGGCAAGUCACCGACCUCCUCCUUCAGUGACCCAGGCAACUCGUAUGAGGGGCGGAUCUGGGGCCAUCAGCAUUAGGCGGGGGAGCUCCCUCACUUUGAAUUCGCCCUGCUAGUGAAAUCACAGUGGCGGUCUUCUCCCAAAUGCCAUAUUGUCUAGGCUGUUUGAGAGACAGUUAUUAAUCUCCUGCUAUGUACCAGAAGUGGGGCUAGGCACUAAAGAUGUGUUGGAACCCGGCCACGCUGAUGGGACGCCGGCCUGCUGUCAUCCUCAUCCACAGGCUUUUCCCAUUGGCGUUCUGGUGUCGUGGGCCUCCUUGGCAGUCAGUCUGAUGACACCAAAUACAGUAAUGUGUGUGUGUAUGUGAA